UGCUCUGCACAUAUAAACAUACUCAAAUAAGAUAGAAUAAGGCAAGUACUCUUUUUCAUCUCUCAUUCAUUUCUCUUCUUUACAGUUACCCAAAUCGAAAAGAAUCUCACACACUGCUACCUCGCCGUUCUACCCUCUCUUCUUCCUGCAAAGCGCUGUAAACUAAUGUAACAAAGCUUUUGGUUACACUUAACAAUUUACAAGUGAAGUGAAGUAGUGUCAAUUUUAUGGGAAAGCAAGGAAGUACCUCAUGGUUGACAGUCGUUAAGAGAGCCUUCAGGUCUCCUCCAUCCAAAGAAAAUGAUAAAAAGACUAGCAGGAGAAGAGAAGAAACUGAGCAAUAUCAAGAUGAGGAAGAAGAAGAAAAGAAGAGGGAGAAGAGAAGAUGGUUGUUCAGGAGACCUUCAUUUACCAAUAAUAAUAUACAGCAAUGUGAAGCAACAAGCAUAGGUCCACCGAUGAAUCCUAAUAGUUUGGGUGCAGAGCAAAGGCAUCAUGCGAUUGCAGUGGCAGCAGCAACUAAGGCAGCUGCUGAAGCCGCUGUUGCAACAGCCCAAGCAGCUGUUGAGAUCAUUCGAUUGACUUCUUCCACUUCGGUUUGGGAACACAAACACUACUACUCUGCAGCAAUAGUAAUUCAGACUGCUUUCAGAGGCUACUUAGCAAGGAGAGCUCUACGAGCGCUUAAGGGGAUUGUGAAGCUUCAAGCUUUGGUGAGAGGACACAAUGUUAGGAAGCAAGCAAAGAUGACACUGAAAUGCAUGCAAGCCCUGCUUCGAGUGCAGGUUCGGGUGCGUGAUCAAUGCGCCAGGCUCUCACUCGAAGGAACUAGAAAGUCCAUGUUUGCCGAAAUCGACAACUCAUGGGAAUCUAGAUAUUUGCAAGACAUCCGAGAGAGAAAAUCAAUUCAGUCCAGAGCUGGCUGUGGCAUUGCAGACGAUUGGAACAAGUGUCCACGCACACUCGAAGAACUCGAUGCUAUUUUGCAGACAAGAAAAGAGGCCACUGCUUUAAACCAUGAAAAAACCCUGGCACAUGCAUUCUCUCAACAGAUAUGGGAUUCAGGUAGGAACCCAAACCCUUGUGCUGGAGAUGACAAAGAGGCAGAUGAAAGAACAAAUUGGCUUGAUCACCGGAUGGCGAUGAAGCAAUGGGAGAGCAACAACAGAUCUUCAACUGACAGAAGAGAAAGUAUAAAGAUUCUUGAAAUUGACACAUCCAGGCCUUACUGUUGUCCUAAUACCGGUGCUGGUGUUGGUGUUGGUGUGGGCAGAUCACAAUUUCAAAAGCAAUCAAGCGCAGACUCUCUGGCUUCUCCCUACCACAGGGCAUCCUAUUCAUAUCCUCAACCACCUGUCACACCCUCUUCCUCCAAAAUGAAACCACUGCAGGUGCGUUCAGCAAGCCCCCGAUGCCCCAAAGAAGAAUCUAGAAGAAGCUACUCAACCGCAAAUACUCCAAGUUUGAGAUCUGCUCGCUGUUUGAAUGGUGGUUUAUCUCGCCAGGGAAGUGAACGUGCUGGUAAUUCUGCAACGCCCAACUACAUGGCUGCCACUGAGUCUGCAAAAGCUCGUGUUCGGUCACAAAGUGCUACUAGACAGAGGCCCUCAACACCGGAAAGGGAACGAAGUGGGUCAGCUAAGAAACGCCUCUCAUACCCAGUUCCUGAUCAGCAGUCAUACAGCAGUGUUGGAAUGGGGAUUGAUUGUAGUAGUUUUAGCCAGAACUUGAGAAGUCCAAGUUUCAAGAGUGUGCAAGCAGGAUUUGUGGGAAUGGAACAUCAGUCUAAUCUGUCUUCAUGUUAUACAGAAAGCAUCGGUGGAGAAAUUUCUCCAUGUUCAACCACUGAUUUAAGAAGGUGGUUAAGGUGAACCAAUGGCGAAAUGAUGACUAAUUGAAUUUGGGACAACAGCAGUGAUGAAUGCUUGUUCUAUUCUAUAACUAUUAUUAUUACCCUUUUGUAUUAGAAUGUGAGACCUAGAUGUAGUCAAGAUGGGAAUGACCAAAUGAAGCAAUAAAAUGGAUUAGUCAAUGAUUUUUAGGUCCUUUUUGUUUCCCUCUAGCUGUUCUGUUGCAGCUAAUUCAAGAAGCAGAAUAUGUGACAUCUUCCACGUCUCUACUAUUUCCCUCUCUCAAACUCACCCGCCUAUUGCAGAACCAUUGACAGAGGAGAUGUGCUAAUAUCACUGGUUUUUAUCU